UAAAACUGACAUCUGCAGUAACACAAAAUUCGUAAAAUGUCGAAAUAUUUCCCAAUUAUUAGGAAACUAAAAAAAUAUUUUAUUCUUCUUCUUUCAGUGGUAGUGCAUUUAUUCGUAUUGUUUGCGGUAAGCGAUCUUUAUUUUACCCAUCAUCCGAAUAACGAUGUGGAACUGACAGAAUCGUCAUCAACUGAACCGAUAGCAAAAAGGAUUGUGGUCUUUUUAGCAGAUGGAUUAAAUUCCGAUAGCAUUUUUAAUAGUCAUUUAUAUAAAAACUUAUUUAUAACUAAUUUCACUGAACAUCCCGGAACCUUUGGCAUUGCAAAAGCUAGAUUUCCGACUACUGAAAGAGCAGGCCAUUUAGCACUUUUAACUGGUACAUAUGAGGAUCCUGUCAGAAGUAUUUUGAAUAGUCUUAUAGGAGCAGAAGUUACUAUUGAUAAUCUGAUUAACCGCACAUCACAUACUUGGUUUUGGGGAAAUCCAAGUAUAAUAGAUAUAUUUGAUUACGAUAAUAAAGAUAAAUUGCAUAAAGCUCAAUACAAUAAAUCCGUUACACCAACCAAUUCAUGGAUAGCCUCUAAUAUCAAGGAAUUUUUGACUCAUAACGCCCAGAGAAUUCAAUUUAAUGAUGAUAAUACUAUAUUUUUCAUUCACAUGCCUCUUAGUGCUUCUACAAAAACAAUUAUAGAAAAGAAUACAGAGAUCAAAAUCUUAGAUAUGCAAAUCAAACAGAUAGUAUCAUCUUUUAAAGAGGCGUUCAUGGAUAAUAGCAUAACAUUCUUUGUCACAUCUGCCUACGGACUAACUGACUGGGGUUCACAUGGUGGGCAUAGUAGAGCAGAAACAGAGACACCUGUAAUCGCUUGGGGCGCUGGAAUAAAGGAAAACUCCAAACCCGUUAAUAUGAAGCAAAUCGAUUUUCCCUCACUAAUAAGUUCUCUGACUUCUGUUUCAAUACCUAAAAAUUCUUUGGGAAUUGUACCAGUAAAUUAUCUAGACCUAUCUAAGAGGCAGUACCUCCACGAUCAGACGUUUAAUGCCAUACAGUUAUUUAAAAUCGCAGAAGCUAAGAAAAACUUCUUCGAAAAGAUGCAUUACGUGAAGUUCACCAAAAAGCCAGAAGCAUUUAAGGGCCUUGAUACAGAGGGCCUCUUGGACCGAUUGGCUGAGAUUCAUUUUGCUAUGCUACAUUCAAAACCCAAGAAAGUAUCUAAUGAAAUCCAUUCAUUUGUUACUGACAUAUUUGAAAGUAUUGCCUACUAUGAAACUUUUUACAACGUGAAACUGAUUUAUUCUAUUACGUCUGGCUAUUCUUUUUGGAUCAUUUAUAUGUUUGGAUAUAGCUUCUUCGAAGUAACAGAAUGCUUCUUCAGUUUGCGCCUUCCUAUAGGCAUAUUAUUAAUUUCAUUAUUUUUUUCAAUGAUAAAACCAUGGUCUAGCUUAUUGUAUACUUUCUAUUUAGCCUUUCCAUUUGCCAUGUUAUGGCUAGCAGCUCCUUAUGUAUAUACCAUAUUGAAAGAAGUCCCCCAGAUUUUGAUUUAUAACAAAUUACUAUCUUCCUUAUGUUUUAUGCAUAUUCAAUUACUCUUACUGGCAACAUUAAGCAGAGAAAUAGUUAGCUUGCAAAUUUUGUUUGUUGGGCUGUCGGUCGUUGUUCCGAACAUUUAUAAUAGGUCUUUAUCAAAAAAGGCAGAAAUUAUGUGGCCCAGUUGUUGUGUAUCUUUGGCCCUGUCAUCGUUUUUAGGUAGGUUGCAACUUACAAUAUGUUCUGUAUCACUUUUGAUCUACGGAUUUUGCAUUUGGCUUUAUAUGCUAAGAAAAUGCCGUAAACAAAUUUAUAGCGACCUUGUUGCCCAAGAAAUUAAUCCUAAGUUAGAUCUAAACGUAUUAGGGUUACAAUUAUUAUGUUUUAGUUUAGCAGGGUUUUACAAGGCAUACCAUAUCUUUUUCUUGAGCAGAUGUCAUAUAUUUCCUUGGUUGAUAGUCUUAAUACCACUAAUACUAACAAUUUUUCCUACAAAACUACCUGGUAUUCGAAUGGUAAGUGUACUAUUUGGAUUGGUACCAUUUUACUUCAUAACAGCGACCUCAGAUGAAAUGAUAUUUUUGCUUAUAUUUGUAGCAACAGUUUACAGUUGGGGUACUAUUGAGACAGCUUCUGAUGCACACAUUGGGGAGAUGAGUAUUGCAUGUUUCAUGAAAGAAUUAAAUACAAUUAAUGAUAAAUCUCUAUUUAUUAGGAGACUUUAUGCUACUUCUGUAUUUGUUUACGCAGCAUUUUAUGGCGCCGGAAAUGUUUUUAAUAUUAAUAGCUACAGUGUAUGGUGGUUUACCAGUUUAGCAUCAUCCUCCUCGUAUAUUUUACCUAUUUGUAUAGUUCUCAUGAAAAUUGCGACGCCGAUGAUUAUACAUUUUGCUAUACUGUAUGCUUGCAAUAAGAGUUCCAAGGUAAGUACUUUUCAUAUGGUAUGCCUUUUAACAGUGGUCUUUGAUGUGGUAAUUUUAGAAAUGAUGUUGUUAUUCAACUUCAGGACCAUUAUUCCUUGGGUAAAAAUAGAUAUAGCGCAAAUUAUUGCGAUAACUCUGCUAAACCUGUUAAUAAUUUAUUCCUACUUUUUAGUUAAUGUAAUAAAUAGUGCAUAUUAUAAAAUUAUUGUACAAAAAAGUAAAUAAAAUGAUAACAACUAAAUAA